CUUUUAUUAUUAUUAUUAUUAUUAUUGUUCCAUCUUCAUGUCAGGCUACAACAUCCUCUGGGCCCUUCUUGGCGUCGUUCUGGUCUCGGCCAUUGUCUAUAUACUGACACCCAAGGGCAAUAACCAAACGGUGAUUCGAACCAUCAUCAUCAUGUCUCUUGUUUGCUGCUACCUCAUGUGGGCAAUCACUUACCUCGCCCAACUUCACCCUCUCAUCAAUCCUAUUCGCGUUGGACUUCGACCUUCUGGAAAGCACACCUAAAACGUGAAAGGAGAAAGGAGAGUGAACAAGAGAAAAGAAGAAGAAGAAUAUAUAUAUAUAUAUAUAUACAUAUAUACAUAUAUACAUAUAUACAUAUAUACAUAUAUACAUACAUAUAUAUAUAUAAAAAGAACAUAUUUCACUUACUUUGGGGGAUGUUGGGGAAGCUAUUGAAAGACAUUCUACAAAUACUACCAUUCUGUUGUAAUUCCCUAUGAGCUUUUAUUUUACUUUUAUUCUCGUAACUUUUUUUCUUUAUAAAAAAAAGGGUCUUGAUAUAUUCAACUUUG